AUGGUGUUGCAGAAUAUUGAAGGUGUAGAAGGAGAGCCUCAAGUGCCAUGCCUAUUCAUAUUUGGAGACUCUUUAUCAGACAAUGGAAACAAUCAUCUUCUUCGUACUUCUGCCAAAGCUAACUACUUCCCUUACGGCAUCGACUUCCCCGACAGCCGCCCCACCGGAAGGUUCACCAAUGGCCUCACUUCCAUUGAUUUUAUUACUCAAUUUCUGGGAUUCGACCAGUUGAUCCCUCCCUUCGCAAAUACCAUCGCUGACAUAUCCAGAGGUGUCAACUACGCCUCCGGUGCCGCCGGCAUUCGCAACGAGACCGGAAAGCAUCUCGGAUCUGAUAUAAGCUUGAGAUUACAACUAACAAAUCACAGAACAACAGUAUCUCAAAUCAGUGCUGGGUUUAAUAAAAGUUCAGAGAAAGUAGAGCAGCUACUCAACAAGUGCUUGUAUUAUGUGAAUAUAGGUGCCAAUGAUUUCUUAAACAACUACUUCCUGCCCCAAUACUACUCUACCAGCACCGCCUUCACCCUUGAACAGUAUGCCUCUGAUCUUGUCCAACAAUAUUCUCAAGUCGUCCAAAGUCUAUAUGAUAUUGGAGGAAGGAAGUUUGUGUUGGUGGGGGUGGGGUACAUAGGGAGCACUCCAAGGGCACUAACAACACUUAAAACCAAUAGUAGUACUGAUGACAUUAAUAAAGCAGCUUUUCGCUUUAACGCCAACCUCAGAUCUCAAGUUGAUCACUUCAAUAAAGCUCUCCCAAAUGCCUCUUUCAUCUUCAUCAACAGUACUGCCUCCAAAAUUGACCCUUCACUUGGCUUCAAGGUUUUGGAUUCUGGGUGCUGCCAAGUAGGGGAAAAUGGGCAGUGUGUUGCUAACGUAAGGCCAUGUGAUAACAGGAAAGAUUUUGUAUUCUAUGAUUCAUUUCAUCCCACUCAAGCUGCCAACUUAAUCACUGCACUUUCUUCAUAUAAUGCUUCAAUUCCUGCAUAUACUUAUCCUAUGGACAUUUCCCACCUGGUUCGCUCCUAAAUCUUCCAUCUCUCUCGUUGUAUAUAUAUCUCAAUCCCCAGCUGAUAUGAGCAAACAUGUCUUAGCUCUAAUAAACAGUCCUAGACUUCAAAGUACACCCCCACC